AUGGUUACAAUAAGCGGGAAAAUCAUUCCACUGAUUCAUACGAUAUGUGCUUCUUCGGCGUUUCUAGCUGCAUUUGUCACAGGUUAUACGCUUCAUUUCCAUAAAAUUGUCACAAAUGCUCAUUAUACCUAUCCAGAUGAAUGGUUCCCAAGUGUUUCAGCAACAAUAGGUGACAGAUACCCUGAACGAUCCAUCUUUCAAAUACUAAUUGCAUUGACAGCAUUCCCAAGAUUCCUUCUCUUAUUGGGACAAUAUUACUUAACUAAUUCCGUAGCUACAUUCAUUAUCGGUAUAUUGAGAACAGUGUCAUGCGGUGGUUGGGUAUACAUUACAAGUACAGAUGAUCAUGAUACUCAUGACAUUUUCAUGAUUAUUUACAUUAUUUUGACCUUACCCUGGGAUAUCAUGAUAACUCGUUUAUCUAAAACAUCUGCUUUUAAAAAGGGUUUAACAGCUACUAUAUUCUUUACAACUCUAGUUCCAAUGAUCUACUGGUAUAUUCAGCACCAAAUUGAAAAAAGACCCGGUGCAUAUUCCAUCUACGCUUAUUUUGAAUGGUCAUUGAUAAUCCUUGAUAUUACAUUCGAUGCAUUUUCUUACUCAGAUUUUAAGAGCUUUAGCAUUGUUUUGGAUAUGGGUAAAAAUCCUAUAACAGGAUUUUAUCAAAUCGGUGAGCUUGUCGCUAAUGAGUCUGGUGAAAAUAAACUCGUAGAAGAAACCAUUGUUGAACAAGCUAUCAAACAGUCUGAGCCUGUUCAGCAGGAUGAAACUAAGAAUGAAUCUGAUAUUAUUGACAAGAAAGAAGUUGCUGACAAGUCUUCUUACCCUUUCUCAUAUGAUUCAUUCUUUUACCUCUUAACGAAUACAUUUAACUCUCUCAUCUUCUGGUCAAACUUGACAGCUUUAACCUGCAGUAUUUGGCAUUUUCCACUUUGGUAUAUGGGUAUAUCUGGUUAUGAAGCUGCGAUAUUAGGAUACUUAGGUCCAAUUAUCCUCUAUCUUCCAUUUAUGCCAACCAUCAUUUUCCAUUAUGGUAUACUUUUAGGAGGGUUAACUACUAUUGGUGCAUUCUUGAUUAAUACACCAGAAACAAGAUUAAUCACAGUAUCAAUCGGAACAGCAAUUACAAUGGGUUAUUUCACUCAAAAUUUAAGAACAAUUCAAAACAUUGAAACAAAAUUUGCCUUCGCGUUUACUUGGGCUCUUGGAUUAGCUAUCUCUGUUGUCUUAAAGAUGGGCUUCUACUCGAAUAAUCCGAUAUGGCCAAUUUUGAACGAAACAAUGGCGGUCAUAACUAUUUUAGGUAUGUAUUUUGGUCAUCUAGUUUUUGGGAUGUUGACUCCAUUUACAAAUCAAAUUCAUAAAUCACAGAAGGCUUCAAUGUCACUAGUGAACAAGUCAAACUGUCUUUUCGUUCAUAAGUUAGCCAUUUCACUUGGAUUUGGUUCUCUUGUUUUUGGAAUCCAUCAAUUAAUGACGGAUGCUUCAACGACAAUAUACUGGUCAUGGGAAGGUUAUAAUGAAAGAGGACAAGGUCCAUUAGCCUGGCCAUGGAGUGCCUUAACUUGUCUCGUAAUGCUUGUAGCUGUUCUCACAAGUUAUAAGUUCUCAACUAGUCCAUUGUUCCCUUCAUUGUUUUUGGUUUUGUCUACUGCUGUUUUGUGUAACAGAGCCAUCGUUGAAUGGAAUAAAUACAUAUUUGGUGGAUUGCUCUACAUCAUUGCAAUGAUUUGGUUGAUUCCUAUCUUCUUUAAUGCGCUGUCUUUGCUUAAUUCAAUUUGGGUUUUUGUCUUUGGGUUUUUUACUUAUAUCAUCCUUGUUCUAGCUCAUGUUUGGGUUGUGGCUUAUGCCUUUGUUCCAUUUGGAUGGUUGUUAAGAGAAAGGAUUGAAACGGUCCUAUCAAUCUCUACACUUUUAAUCUUAAUGGGUGUUGUUUCAUCUAGUGCGUUAGUUUCAAAUAAUACAGCAAUGAUUCCAACUCUAAGCAAAAAAUUCAUCAAAAUUAUUGCCCUAUUUUCAGUCUUAGUCUUGUCCUUAAUCGCAACUUUAACAUACCAAAUUAGACCCACUGGUGUUCCACAACCAUAUCAUCCGGAAUCACGUCUGUUCACAGCAGGUAUUUGGACAAUUCAUUUUGGCCUGGAUAAUGAUAUGUGGGCAUCCGAAGAUCGCAUGAGCUCGUUAAUCAAAGAUAUGGAAUUAGAUUUUGUAGGAUUAUUAGAAACUGAUACACAACGUAUCACUAUGGGUAACAGAGAUUUAACUAGUAAAUUAGCUCAUGAUUUGAAUAUGUAUGCGGAUUUUGGACCCGGGCCUAACAAACAUACUUGGGGUUGUCUAUUAUUAUCAAAAUUCCCAAUUAUUAAUUCCACACACCAUUUAUUACCAUCACCUGAUGGUGAGUUAGCACCAGCUAUCCAUGCUGUUGUAAAGACAUAUGAUGACAUUCUAGUGGAUGUUUUUGUUUUCCAUAGUGGUCAAGAAGAAGAUAUUGAAGACAGAAGAUUACAAAGUGAAGGCAUGGCCGCCUUAAUGGGGUCUACUGAUCGUCCAAGUAUUUUAUUAAGUUAUUUGGUUACUGAACCUGGUGUGGGUAAUUAUAACACGUAUGUUAGUGAGAGAUCCGGUAUGCAUGAUAUUGACCCUACAGACUCUGAUAGAUGGUGUGAGUACAUUUUAUACAAAGGUUUAAGAAGAACUGGGUAUGCUAGAGUUUCUAGAGGUACUAUUACCGACACAGAAUUACAAGUUGGUAAAUUCCAAGUAUUAAGUAAAGAUGAAACAAAAAGGUAUGGUUCUUCCAUAUACAGAUAUGAACAUGUCGAUGAACCACAAGCAGAAGAUAUGAAAUUCCCAGAUAAAUUUAAUGGAGACGGUGAAAGAGGACAUUUUUACCAUGUUUUCGAUAAACCUCGUUAUUACGAUUUUUGA